UAUGUCUAUUGUUAGUUCUUUUAUACAAUUUAUAUAUGUGGAUUUAAGCCUAUUUGAAGUCUCUGGUGGUUUCGGACAAGAACACGCGGAGUGACUGGAUGUCCGGGCAAGAUGUGAUGAACGAAGAUCAAAUCCUCACGGAAAUUUUUGAAGUUCAGAUUCGGAUUAGAAUUUGUGUCCCACAUAGCAACAAGAUAAUGCGGGUCAAAUGGUAGUGAUAAUGAAGCUAUGGAAUACAGAUUCAAAUUCGAGUUGACUCAGAAAUUUUCAUUAAGGUCUAGAUGUAUCGAACAAGUGAGAGUUAUCUCACCAGUCGGUGGCCUUAUUUGUGAAUUUCUAUGAAUCUAAGAUGUGAAUCUAAAAAUCCUUUUAGUGUCCGGGAAAAAGUGUGAGCCUAAUUCUUGCCUGGUGGUCUACUCCAAUAUCGCACUUUGGUACCGAACACUGGUAGUUUAUUGAAGGUUCACGCCCGACCAACGGACUUGUAGUUUUAAAAUAUUCUUCGUGUAUUUACCACCGAAAUAAGGGCCAGUUUUCCACAAAAAGUCUUCCCUGGAAGCACCACCUUGGCAUUGCAUUUGCCUGGCGUUGCAUUACUUAUUCCCAUCAAUCCAAUUGUAGAGCCAGUUUCAGUUUCGAUUGUGGGUUUUAUGUUGAAUUUUUGAUUAAACAUUUCAAAUAAUGUUUUAUACUUUGUUUUACAAAUUUACAAUAAAAAACUACUACUUUUCUAACUUAGCCAGACAUUUUAGAGUUUUCCUUUUUUGCUCUCCGAGAACAGAACUCCCUUUGUAACACGCAACCCCUACUACUUGACAUCCUGGCAUCUGAUUUCGUCUAUAAGUCAAGGACCGUUUGUUUCGGCGAUGUCACCUCCUGUCGUGAAAGCCUCCUAAACAAAUUUGAAAUUACCCCUAAAACUAACACAUUUCCUCUCAAAAAAAUGAAACAAGUAUCCUUAAAUCGUUAUGUUCUAAUACUUUUUGAUUUGCAUUGUACAUUUGAUAAUCCAGAGUAACAAAUGUGAGCUCAUCUGAACGAAAAGCAUCGUGUGAUGAAGCGACCUGCUCCGAAUCACAAUCAUGAGUUAUGUGUCAUUUGGAAACUCUACUAACCAAUAUGGGCAGACUUUACAUUUUUCCAUAAAUUUCCCCCAUCCUGCUGAUUCUCCCCUAAAUUUAGGGGAAAAGCCUAAUUUGUAUUUCGUUUCGAUUAUCAUCGACAGAUGGCGGGAGUGUAAGUGAAUGACAAUCGAAAAUUCAAGGUCAAACACGAUAAAACGUUAUCCAAGGGAUUUUUAAAGGGCGAUAAAAGGAAAUUUUGUUAUUGAUAGGCUCGCCUCAGCAUUAUCAUCCAUUUAAAUUAAUAACGUAUUAUAUAUUCUUCUUCUUUCGUAUGAUAAAUCUUCUAUUAUAAAUAAGAUGAUGCGUAUGCUAGGUCUUGUAUUUGCACUUGUGCAUUUAUCAAGACCGGAAUACAGCUUCCAAAAAGAAAUUAUGGCUAUGAAAGACAUAGAUUUAAAAGAUAUGCAGUUGAGUUUAAAAUCACAAAGUGGCUCUACUUUAAAAGGACAACUUGGGCUAGAUUAUAGUAUUGAGAAGCAAAUGAAAAAUUGCAAAGCUUUAGAGAGAAAUUGCAAAAAAGUGAUAUGUAUGGACGACGACAAACAGGGCAUAUUAACUAUUAAUAAAAUUGAAGCGUCCGUGUCCUGUUACAAUGUGGAAUGGUUGGUUUACCAAGUUCGAGAUUGUUACAGACUCGGUGACAGAUACUGGUAUGGCGGAGGUGAAGUGGAGAAUCAAAGAUGGCCAUUGGAGAACGAAAAUCGUCAGUCGGCGGCAUACGUCACCGGUGACUUUUUUCAUUACCAAUAUGGCGGAUUAGUGGAGAAUGCGUGGUUGACCUCGGAUGGUUUUGCAAUAUACUCUAGCCCAAGCUUAGAUUUGCAAGUUAGUUUCAAUGCCAGCGGAGACAAUCGAUUAUGCAUCUCGUCUUUACAGAUGCAUAAUAUGCCACGAAAAGCGUUGAAUUACACAAUUUGUUCGGGAGCAGACGUAAAAGAAAUUACGAAAUACAUGUUUAGUAACGUUUGGAAGAAACCCGAGAGCAUCCCGGAUGAAAUAAUGUUAACCGAACCGGUAUGGUCCACUUGGGCUUAUUACAAAAAAUUUGUUACUCAAUCCGCAGUAAUAGAAUAUGCUAAUAAUGUUUUAGAUAGCAAAAUUGGACUAAGUCACAUCGAGAUAGAUGAUAAAUGGGAAGAUUGUUACGGCAAUCUUCAAUUCGAUAGGUUAAAAUUUCCAGAUCCUUCUUCCAUGAUCCAGCAAUUAAACGAUUCGGGAGUUAGAGUUACGUUUUGGGUCCACCCCUUCGCUAACGUGGAAUGCGAUGCCUUCAAAGAAGGCGAAGAAAAAGGAUAUUGGAUACGCAAAAACUCUUCGGAAGGACCGCCUCAAUUAGUGACGUGGUGGAAUGGCGUAGGGGGCUAUCUCGACACAACAAAUCCUUCGGCCACCGAAUGGUACUUGCAACGUUUAAGAAGUUUUAAGAAGAAAUAUAAUAUAAAUGGUUUUAAAUUCGAUGCAGGAGAAGUAUCUUGGAUACCACAAAAUAGUUUUCUUUACAAUGCAACAUAUGUUAAUCAGUUUACAAAUCAAUACGUCCAAACAGUUGCAGAAUCGGGAGAUAAAAUGGCCGAAGUGCGAUCGUCACACGAUAAUCAAAAUAUGAAUUUUUUCUUGAGAAUGCUGGAUAGGAAUUCGGUCUGGGGUUAUAAAAACGGUUUAAAGACUCUUAUUCCUGCUUCUUUAUUAUUUUUUGUCUUUGGAUAUCCGUUUGUUUUACCCGAUAUGAUUGGUGGUAACGACGAAUUACCCGAUAAAGAGUUGUAUAUAAGAUGGUUACAAACGAAUGCCUUACUUCCCGCCAUGCAAUUUUCUUUUCCUCCCUGGUCUUACGACGACGAAGUGGUCGAAAUUGCGCGAGAAAUGGUUGACCUCCAUCGUAGAAAUGCUCCUCGAUUCAUUCGAUUAGCUAACGAAGCCUUACGCACGGGCGUACCCAUUAUCAGACCGCUUUGGUGGAUUGACCCAAAGGAUAAUGUCGCGUUGACGAUCGAUUCGGAAUUUUUAGUCGGGGACGAAUUAUUAGUUGCACCGGUAUUAGAGGAAGGUUCUAGAAGUAGAGACAUUUAUCUUCCUCGUGGAACUUGGAAAGACGAAUUAAGAAAUAACACGCAUUCCGGACCAAUUUGGUUACGUAAGUACAGUGUCGAUUUAAAGGAACUACCACGUUUCACACAAAUAUAAAGUGAUUUCAAAUAUACGGAACACAAGAAAAGUUAAAUAAAGUUCACAAAAUUUAAAAUUAAA